AUGCCUGCCUGCUCCCUCCUCCUCCUCCUGGGGCUGCUUCUGGUGCUGGAGCCUGCCUGCUGCCAGCAAGCCCGGGGCAGCCUCCAGCCAUGGUCACAGGGUGUCAUCGCAGUGGCUGUGUUUCUGGUCCUGGUGGCCAUCGCUUUCGUAGUUAAUAGGUUCUGGUGUAAGAAGAAAGUGGAAAAUGUCGAGACAGUGGUGAGCGUCGAGGACAAGCGGGAUGCUGUCGUGUCCAAUGGCCAUGAAGGCAGAUACCUAACCUCUGCAGCCGACUUCAGGUCCAGAGAGAGCCAUCACGCCUAUGAGAACACACUGGAGCCUGAGGAGACGGUGAUCACCACCGCCAUGUAG